CUCAAUAGGUAGAGCGGCGGUCUAGAUACCCGCAGAUGCGAGUUCCAAUCCUGCUCGAGCCAACAAAUUUUUUCGUUGCUCGAUGCAGUGUCAGAUUAAUAUGAAACUAGUUUUUUGUAUCUCUGAGGAUGGUUCUGAAAUAGAAUUGAAACACUGUGCGUCCUCUAAGACAAGUGUCAAGUCGUCACGAAAAUAUUUUGUGCACUUAAACUGGAUAAGACUCGCUACCAAUCCCUGUUGACUCAAUAGUGAACUUAAGCAAGUGACGUUUUCACGGCGACGGCGACGCUAUUUAACCAUUUAAGACUGGACCGAGAACAGCGUUUUGGCACAAAAAACAAAUCAUUAAGCAAAACAACUGCAGUUGACGGCGACUACACCAUGUCAUUCAGAAAUAUCGGUGAAGUUUUAGCAUACUCUUACGUUGACGAAAUUAUUUCAGAUGAAUUUGUGCUUCUAUAUGAUCAUUACCGUUCGAAAAAUCCAGACUUCAGCUACGAAGACAGCUCCAGGUUUGAUUUUGACAAACUAGAAGAGGCUGAAUGCAAGGCAGAUUUUCGAGUAGAAAAAAGAGAUCUGCAUGUUUUAGCCAAUGCCCUGCAGAUUCCUCCCUCAUUCCAAACGUACCAGAGAAGUGUUGCCGAUGGUUUGGAAGGCCUUUGUAUGCUGAUGAAACGCUUCACCUAUCCCUGCAGGUACGGUGAUACGAUACCGCUAUUCGGCAGACCGGUUCCUGAAUUAUCCAUGAUAACAAAUCAUGUUAUGAACUACGUUUAUGACACUCACUGUCAACGCAUAACCGAAUGGAACAACAAUCUUCUAAGCCCUGAUCUAUUGGAAGUGUUUGCUAGGGCCAUUCAUCAAAAAGGUGCUCCACUACAGAAUUGUUUUGGAUCCAUCGAUGGAACAGUGCGCCCCAUCUGCAGACCCAGACAAAACCAGAGGGUUGUAUACAAUGGCCACAAAAAGGUGCAUGCACUGAAAUUUCAAUCAGUGGUGGUUCCAAAUGGAAUGAUAGCAAACCUUUAUGGACCUGUAGGUGAGUAUUUUUAUAUCCAGAAUAUUUUUAUUAUUAAACAAUAUAUAUAACACUUGAUGUAGUCUAUAACAAAAUAAGAAUACUCUUUGAUAUUAUUUGAUAUCUGAUUGAAAAUGUGCUCAAUUUUACAAACAUCUUAUAAUUGUUUUUAUUACUCUUUGUUUUUAUACAAUAGAGGGAAAAAGACAUGACGCCGGGAUGUUGGCCGAAUCUGGGCUUUUACAAACCUUAGAAGCGUUCUCAACAAGUGGACAACCAAUGUGCUUGUAUGGUGAUCCAGCAUACCCCUUAAGAGUGCACUCACAGGCACCCUUCAGAGAGGCCAACCUAACAAAUCGAAUGCAGCUAUUCAAUACCCACAUGAGUGCCACAAGAGUAUCUGUGGAAUGGUUAUUUGGAGAUAUUAUCAAUUAUUUUAAAUUCCUAGAUUUCAAAAAAAAUCUUAAAAUUGGGUUGAGUAGCAUUGGCAAGAUGUAUGUUGUAUGUGCUCUACUUAGAAAUGCUUUGACAUGCAUGUAUGGCAAACAAACUGCUGAAUUCUUUGACUUGCAACCACCUUCUCUACAAGAAUAUAUUGCUAAUUAACUAUAAAUAAUUUUAAUCCAUUAAGCUGCAGAGCUUCCCCACUAACAAUCAAAAUCGUCUGGUGUUAGACAAGCUAAAAAAUAAGUAGGGCACACUGGGGUGAAUUGCGGCUCAAUGGAUAAACUAUAAACAUUGUCAGAUUUUUGGUUUACCCAUAAAGCUGCAGAGCUUCCCCACUGACAAGUAAAAUCAUUUGGCGUUAAACAAGUAAAAAAAAAAGUAGGGCGCAUUGCGGCUCAAUGGGUUAACUAGAGACAUUGUGACAAGUAAACUUGUCCGGCCUUAAACAAGUAAAAAAUAAAUAAGUAGGGAGCACUGGGGUGCAUUACAGCUCAAUGGGUUAAUAUAAUUUAUGGGCAUUGUGCAAUUACAUUGGGCUCCUGCAAAUGACAUCACAACACUUGUUGACUCCUGCCAUGUUUGGUGGCAAUUAACUUACAAAAAAAUGAUUAAAAACGUUUGUUACGUUGCUUUUGUUUGAGCACUUUCAUGAAUUAUAAUGGUCCACAGCUGUGUAGUAGUCUGUUGAAUAAAAUAUUUUUGCUGCCAAAAAUGGUAGAUUAUUUUUGAUACAUCAUACUGCAAGACCUGAAUACACUGUACUCCAUGUUUUAACAUGUAAUGCAUAACUUUAACCAUAAUUGACUGUCUAUUCUGUCUCAGUAUAUCUUAUAUACUUCAGAAAAAGGGUUAACGUCUGUUUUCAAAUAUGUAACAUAAAAAAGUAACAUCAAAAACCUAUAAAAUAACACUUGUAAGUAAAAGAUUAGAUUCUUCUAUUUGUUUGCAAAUUUGUCCAGGAGAGUCAUGAGGGCCUGAUUCUGAAUCUGCUGUUGUUGAAACAUAGCCUGCAUGGUUUGUACAUGCUGUUGUUGUUGAAGCUGCUGUUGCUUUUGCUGAUCUUGUUGCUGUAUAAACAUGAGCAUGUCCUUUUGCAUUUUACUUUGCUGUUCCAACAACAAAGCACUGUUUGACUGUUCUUUUUCUUGUAGCUCACAUUCCCUCUCUUUUAUUGAUAAGUCAGCCUUAGCUUUUUCCUUUAAAAAUUCUAUGGCAUCACUUGUGCUCCUUCUUCUUUUUUUCAAUGAUCCCUCUGCUCCAUUGUCCUCAUUCCUUUUUUUGUUUUGCCUACAGUCUCCAUGGCUUUUUUUCUCAUUUCCUCGGCUGUAACUUUAUCUUGCUCUGCUUUCUUCCUCUUCGAUUCACAUGGAGGAUUAUGCAUCCAUUCUUCCUCUUUAUCACAAAUUUCCUCUAACAUUGAGCUAAGUUCAUCAUCAUCCGGGCUGAUGACACUUGCUAGAUCUUCUUCUCUGACUUUAGCUUUGUAUCUAUUCAUUAGUAGAUUAAGACGAUCUCUUAAUGACCUCUUGGAUACAUGGAACUUUGGACUUUCCAAUUUGUUAAGAUUUUCUGCUAUUUCAUCCCAUACUUUUCCUCUUUCAGGACUUCCGUUUCGGGUCUCAUACAGACUGGAAACCAAAACUUCUCUUGCAAAUAGUAUAUCAUGUGAAUCACUCCAUUUCAUAGGCUUGUAAAAGAUAUAUUUAAAUGCUCUCAAUUCAAAAUGGUGUGAUGAAAUACAUUGAUAAAUUAAGUAAUAAUAUAAUAUUUCCUGAAACAGAGGAAUUUUUUAUUAAUUUGCAUUCUAAGUCUUUUGCACUUCAUAUUAUAUAGUACAACCUAAUGCAGUAAUAUGUUGAGACAUUAGUCAUUAAAUGGAUUUGUGAAAGACCCUUGAGACUUCCACAAAUCCUACUACUGUACUAGACUUUUGGCAAAUUUAUUCACUUAUAAUUUAUUCGCAUGUUAGAACCGUUCUUUGACAGUAUCCCUUGUAAUAACUUUUUAUUUUGGUUAGAGACCCUAUGAAAUUGUUCUGCUUUUACCCUCCCUAUUUUUCCUACAGGUGAUAAAUUAAUAACAUGCUAUAAACAUUUCCAUUUAAAAAUAUAUAAUAGGUUUAUGUGCAAAUAAUAUACAGUAUAAAUAAAAAUAUAUAAUUCUAUCAUUAAACAAAUCUUUGCUUUUAAGUUUUUAUAUAGUAGGCCUAUAUGUACACAAAAUUAUUUACUUUGAUGUUGUUAUAGUCCAGGUACUAGUCAUCAUUCCCACCUGAACAAAGACAAACUUUGGUCUAAAUUUCCGAUGCUAAUCGAAUACUAUGGUAAACAAUCAGGGAUUAACUAGAAAUAAAUUUCAUUUCAAAAAUUUAAUGAUAAAUAAGUUUAAAAUGGCUGUAUUUACUCACGUUUUUGCCACAACGCCAAAAUAGAGAUUCUCAUGUCGCUGCCGUAACGCUGACCGUGAGAGAAUUGGAUUUGCCAUGCCCAGUAAGACUCGUCCCAGUCCAAAUCGAGAGCUGCCGUCGCCGUCGCCAUGAAAACGUCGCUUGCUUAAGUUCACUAAUAGCUCGAUAGGUAGAGUGGCGGACUAGAUACCCGAAGAUGCGAGUUCAAUCCCACUCGAGCCAACAAAUUUUUUGUUGCUCGAUUGCAGUGUCAGAUUAAUAUGAAACUAGUUUUUCGUAUCUCUGAGGAUGGUUGUGAAACAAAAUAUGUAAAGCAGGUAAGUUUUAACACAUUGGCUUAUUGCAUUUUUUAAUCCCCUCCCCCCCAUACGGAGGACAUCCAUUUUUUGGACCCCCUCCCUUGGAAUUCUGCAGAU